UCUGGUAGUUUGUGUUUGAACAUGUCACGCGGCGUGUUACCAAUGAGAUCCUCUCUGAGAAGCCGAGAUUCGUCCUCGACAUCGACCGGGAUCGAUCCCCGAGAGCGCGUCAAGGAUUGUUGCCGAAAUCUCGUAGCUUUUAUGUGCACCCAAGUGGGUGUAGGAGGAUUAGUGGUGGGCUACGCUAUAGUGGGCGCAUUCGGCUUUAUGGCGAUCGAGACAACUCUGAUCGAUCAACCGGAGAGAGUGUGUGUGCGGGAGUCCAUUCGCAGGGAGUACGCCGACGAAUUGUGGUUCAGCACUGCCAGUAAUCAAUCGGUGAACGUGUUCAACCGCACUGCUUUUUACGUGGUGUCCAACAAUAUUCUGCGCCGCUAUCAGGAGAACAUUACCAAUAGCACGCGACAAAAAGAGAAUUGCAGCGGCCUCGAACCUACCGAUAUCUGGUCGUUCCCCGCAGCGUUGAUGUUCUGCUUGUCAGUGUUCACCAUGAUUGGUUACGGCAGUCUGGUGCCCAAGACUCCGUGGGGCAAGGGUGCUACUGUGGUAUAUGCGGUCCUCGGCAUCCCGCUUUACGUACUCUACUUCCUAAACAUGGGCAGCGUGCUCGCGCAGACUUUUAAAUGGCUCUACACGCGAUUGCACGAAUGCACCGGCCAGCGGAAACCUGGACAGAGAAUUACCGUACCCUCGACUGCCUGUCUCUGGGUAAUAUUCGGCUACAUUCUUGCCGGCGCGAUUAUGUUCGCCGAAUGGGAGGGAUGGGACUAUUUAGACAGUGCUUAUUUCUGCGUCACGUCACUCUGCAAAAUCGGUAUGGGCGAUUUAGUGCCAGGCUGGAGCCAAGGCAAUACCACGCAGGAUAACCACACGAAGCUCAUCAUCAAUUUCGUGUAUUUACUGCUGGGCAUGGGCCUGAUAGCCAUGUGUUACAAUCUGAUGAAGGAGGAUGUAUAUGUGAAAGCUCGAGAGCUCAAAGAACAGCUCAACCAAACAAUGGACGCUGUUCAUUAUAAGAUGGUGAUGUGUUGUAAGUCGGAACCUGUGGAUUGAUGAAAUCAAAAAAAGAUCGCAAAGUGCAUUAUUGAAGCUGUAAAUAACGCUAAAAUGUAUGUAAGAAAGCGUAAAAAGCACUAAUAAAAUAAGAACUAUAUUCAUUAAAGUUUCGUUAUAGAAGAAAUUUUUUAUAAGCAGCGAGAAAUAUUGUAAAAAGCUAUAUAAAUAUAGAAAAAGACAAUAUUGUAUCAGAAGUUGAAACGCGCUGUACAUAAAUGUAACUGUUAUUAUAUAAAUGUAAAUGUUAUCAUAAGUGCAGACUAAUCAAAGAGUAUUAAAAAUAUUCACUGAUGAU